AGAAGUGUAAGAUUGGGGUCCACAAUUUUGUGAGACAAAAAGAAGCCUCAUACAACUAGUGUCAGUUGUAUGAGACAGAAAAUAAAACUUCUCGUUGCUUCACAAUAUAGAUUUUAAACUUGAACUUAAUCCUUUCUAACUUUCCUAAUAUUCUUUAUUAUAUGAGAAACAUAACAAAUUUUUUUUUUUUUGGGGGGGGGGGAGGGGUGGAAUUGGCACUAUAUAAGUAAUUUUCAAUACAUUUAUUUUACAUUCGGAUUAAACAAGUGUCAAUUUGAUUCUAACAUACAUCUGUUUUUCAAUUGCCAUUUAUUAUCAAAAUCUGAAUAUUACAAAAAACGUACAUUAAUAGAUUUCGAAUAAUGUGCAAUUAAAACACACAAAAGCACUAAGGUUAAAAUUAUUAAAAGGUUCUGUGUGAUUAAAUAUAGGUAAACUUAAUAAAUUGAAGCUUCCGUACAAUCUGCACAAAUAGUUCCAAAGUUAAAUCCUAAUCCAAAAAGGAAAAGUUCCUAAUUUAAAACAGAAGGGUUUCUCCUUCUUAUAAAUCGUACCUCAAAAGAUAAAUUUGGAUAAAUACUUACACCUGAUGCUGGUAAGUUUUUAGCAUAUAUUAUUUCACUGUUUCUGUUGUAUAAUAUGAUUUUAUGAAUUAAUGAUAAGUUUUUAUCUUGAUAUUUCUGGUUGAAAUUGGGAUUGUUUAAUUAAGAUUUGCUUCAAGUUUCAGAUAUAAAAUUCUGAUUUUGGGCUGGCUACUGUAACUUUUUAGUUCAUUUACAAUUUUUCUGAAUGUUUUUCUAGGGUUCCCGUUUCUUGAUAGACCGUUCUUCCCUGGAUUAAGCUAAAGUUUUGAUCUUUCUGCUUUUCUUGUUAUAGGAUUUAACUUUUGUCUCUGAAUUGGGUUUUCAAAUGAGCAGUUGAGAAGGGAGAAUUUAAAAGUAGUAGUACAAAAUCCUUAUGCUAAAAUCUUCCCAUCUUGUUCAAUGCCCAUGUUUAAGCGACCAAAGGGAACGAGUCGGAUGCUGAGGUUGGGAAAAAGUUAGUGUUUGGUUUAAAGAAUGUCAUAUCCUCUGGUGUUCAAGCUAUGAAUGUUGAGCCAAUUGUUAUUUCUAAACAAAAGGCAUGUGCAGAAUUAGGUAUUCAUAUGCCAGAGGAUCUGAAGGAUGGUAAAAGAAUUGCUCGAACCGAACCUAUUGAGUGUGGAAGCACUGAGCAUGUAGACUUGAUUAAGGUUGUGGAUACGCAUAAGCAGAAUGCUUGGGUGGACAAUGGAGCUUAUCUUCACCUGGUCGACAAGUUGAAAUCGGGAGAAUGUGAUAUGACCAAGCUAAAGAGGUGUAAGGUUUACGCAGUUCGUGAUUUUCCAAAGGAUUUUAAGAAUUUUGAGGAUGUUGACCAGAAAUCCCAAGAGGAUUAUGUGCGGGAAUCUGGUGAUCAUAAAUCUAAAGAGGAUCAUGUUAAGGAAACAAAUGAUGACUCUGAUAAACAUUUGAAGGUUGAUUUUCGAAGUCAAGAAAAUUUAGUGGAUCCUUUUGUAGAUGCUAGAUCAUGUGAAGAAGAAUUUGAGGAACAGGAGUCUGUUGUGCCAAUUGAUCUAGAGGAAGUAAUACAAUCGGAUGUAGAUUUGGAGUUGCAUGAGGCUUUCGAGGAUGAAGAAACCAUCGGCCAGUUUGAAUGCGGGGAGCAUGAUAAUAACAGUUGUGGGUCUCCAAAAAGACGUAAAGUGUAUGCAACUCGUGAUUUUCCAGAUGCAUUUAAGAUCUUAAAAUCGCAUAAGGAGGCAUCGGGGAAAAAUCAGGAUCACCGAGUAGCUGACAAAUUGGCAGGGAAUAUUGAAGCAACCUGUGAUUCGCAAUAUGAUGUGCAAUGCAUGAAUAAAAAUGUUAUGCAGGAUCCAAUGGCUACACUAAGAUGUCCCAGCACGACAAGCAAAUCCUACCAAUCAGAUAUUAAAUCUCAUCAAAACAAAGGCAAAAGCAAAGGCAAAGGCAAAGGCGUAGCUCCAAAAAGAAAACAGAGUGAAGAAUCAGCGCCAAUAAAUGUUGUUCUGGCAUUGAUGGCUCCUACUAAAUGUCAACGUAGACCUGGGCAAAUUUAUUCUAGAACAAAAGCUACAGCAAAGAAUGCGUAAUCUUGGCUCAGUUUUCUGAUGGAAUGGAAGUGGCAUGCUAAAAGCAGCUAAAGGUAAUUCAUUAGCAUCUCAGUUGCUACUUUGCUUAGUUCUAUCUUGUAUAUUAGAUGUUUUUGCUAUGGAAAA